GAUUAAGUUGACAUAAAAUUCAUGAGCCAUCUGUCACGUCUGAUGUAAACGCUCAUUUUUUCCGGCAGUUUGCAUGGGCUCACGAACCGUUGCGUACUAUCAUACAUAACAUAACAUAAUUAAUUUAAACUAAGAAUGACGAUGUAUCUUCAGAUUGAGAAAGACUUCAAAGAAAUUUUUGUCAACAUCUUGUCACGCUGCGAACAAAUUUUGUUUGCUGAUGGAAAAGAUCCUUUCGAGUUCCUAGAUCCUAUCUUAUCCGAUACGCAGUGUCACAUCCAUGCACUGUUUAUCAUCAGCAAAUUGACUCAGCUGGGCAACAAUAGUCAGACUUGUGAUUUUAAAAAUCUAAAAACAUUGCCAAGCACCGAACGGACUCUAUUAUCUUAUGUCGUCCUACUCAGCAUAUUAAAAUAUGAAGAGAUUGAUGAAGUCGGUUUCGUGAGAGUCAAUCGGCUGAUCGACUAUUUUGGUAUUCUGACUGGUCGAACGAAUGCAGAAAAAUUAUUUAUCGCCGGAUUGAAAGAAACCUUUAAUUCACAUUCCACGCAAAACUUAAAAGAUUUGACAAGUGGAAAGUUGAAACAAGUGUUAGAGGAGUGCGAUGCAAGUUUGCGGAUUAAAAAAUUUCGACUUCAACUUCAACCGUGCUACGCUAGUCUUUACACAGUGUUAAAGUACAUGGGAGACAAUAACUUGCCAAUUAUUAUACCAUUGGUACGAUUCAAAACGGGACAACUUGAUGACAAACUGAGCAUAGAAAGCAAAACCCUUUUAUACUUUGAGUUUCAAAAAAGUAAAAACUCAUUUGUCUACAAGAACGAGAAGAAUUUGACUGAAGAAGAUAGGACCAGGCCAACGAUUGUCAUCACCUGUUACAGCGUCAUUACCAAUAACUAUCCGGAAUAUUUCGAGGAGUUCAUGGACGGUUCACAAUUGCCUUCAGACAAGUUUUUAACGGAAGACGUCGAUGUUAGAGAACUAUUACUAGUGACUGCGGCUGGCCAUGCACAGUUAGCCGGAAACAACAAUGAAAAUCGUACGGACGAUUACGUAAAGGAACUCUACAAAAAAAAUUCGAAUCUAUCCAUGGUCCCCAGUUGCACAGCAUUUGCAGGAAACUUUGAUUUGAUUGAGGAUAACAUUUACGGCUGCUAUGAGCGUCAUUACAACAUGGCGCAGAAGUACGGUAUUGUCGAUGCACGCUAUUCGUACAGGUUGAAAUGUGCCGAUGAGCAAGGUAUGAUCGAAAGCUUUGCAUUCGUGAUUCGGAGGAACGAGAAUACCCUCUUCAACGUGGAUCAUGUAGCUGUGUCAACAUUUAAUCGGGAAUUCAAACGUAUGAAUACGUAUGUGGUUGGUGCAGCGGUUCCUUUAAAAGAACCGGAAAAUUUCUGUAAGGCAAAGGCUCAAGAGUAUGUAACAUCGAAAUUGUCGGAAAUUGCGUAAAACUAAUUGAUAAGAAAAUAUUUUUUAUGUUUAAAACUAAGGAUAGGUACGGGCACAACGUCUCCAAUUUUUGUUCUUUUGUAUCGGCAAAGGCUCGUUGGGCCUUUGAUAUCGGUUAAUUAGAAUCGUAUGCACGAACGAGAAAAUAAUUCAAAACUGACAAGAUCUAAAAUUGCUUGAAGAUUAAUUAUUAAAUUAUUAAUUGUAAAGUGUCGCAUGUAAAAAAAACAAAAUUCCGGUAUCGAACUCAUUUAAUCAGAAUUUUAUGUAUAGACCGUUAUAGACGUAAGCUUUUCAUAUUAUUUGAUGCCUUUCGCAAUUCUUUUUAAAUGUAUUCGUGUAAGCCUCUGUGGCAUAAUGUAUUCUACCUCUAUGGUAAGCAAUGAAAGUGCUGAAAAUUUUACGAAAAUUGAUCAUGUAAACAAAAAACAAUAAUCUCGCCCUUGUAUGCUCAAUAUCGGUGUAAUGCGAGUUACAGGAAAAAGGCCUAACAUAAACUGGGAAUAAAAUUUUGACGGAAAUUUGUAAAUAGUUAACAAUUCAAUAAAUGUCAUUCCUU